CGUCAUGGCGGAGGUGGCUUUGGAAGCCGUGCGGAGGGAGUUACGAGAAUUCCCUGCGGCGGUAAGGGAGCUCAGCGUGCCUCUUGCUGUGCCUUACCUGGACAAGCCCCCAACUCCGCUUCGCUUCUACCGGGACUGGGUCUGCCCCAACCGGCCGUGUAUCAUCCGCAAUGCCCUGAAGCAUUGGCCAGCCCUCCAGAAGUGGUCUCUCCCUUACCUCAGAACCACAGUGGGCUCCACGGAGGUGAGUGUGGCUGUUACCCCAGAUGGUUAUGCGGAUGCUGUACGAGGGGACCGCUUUGUGAUGCCCGCUGAGCGCCGCCUGCCCCUGAGCUGUGUGCUGGACGUGCUAGAGGGCCGAGCCCAACACCCAGGCGUCCUCUACGUGCAGAAGCAGUGCUCCAACCUGCCCACUGAGCUGCCCCAGCUGCUGCCUGAUCUGGAGCCCCAUGUUCCCUGGGCCUCUGAGGCUCUGGGAAAGAUGCCUGAUGCUGUGAACUUCUGGCUGGGGGAGGCGGCUGCAGUGACAUCUUUGCAUAAGGACCACUACGAGAACCUCUACUGUGUGGUCUCGGGAGAGAAACACUUUCUGCUACAUCCACCCAGUGACCGGCCCUUCAUCCCCUAUGAGAUGUACACUCCAGCAACCUACCAACUAACUGAAGAGGGCUUCUUUAAAAUGGUGGAUGAGGAGGCCAUGGAGAAGGCAAAGGUGCCUGGGACCUGCCUGCUCACCAUUCGUGUCCUACAGGCCCGUGGCCUGCCUUCCAAGGAUCUAGUGACCCCCUCUGACUGCUAUGUGACUCUGUGGCUGCCCACGGCCUCCAGCCACAGGCUCCAGACACGCACAGUUAAGAACAGCAGAAACCCCAUCUGGAAUCAGAGCUUUCGCUUCCGGAUCCACAACCAGCUCAAGAAUGUCGUACAACUGCAAGUCUUUGACCAGGAUCUUUUGACCAGUGACGACCCCGUGUUGUCGGUGCUGUAUGACGUGGGGACUUUGCGGAUUGGGGAAUUCCGCCGGGAAAGCUUCCCCCAGAGCCCUCAGGGUGAGGAGCAGCUGGAAGUUGAAUUUCGACUGCAGAGUCUGACAGACUGUGCUGAGCAGCUUGUUAGCAAUGGCAUCCUGGUGGGCCGGGAGCUCUCCUGCUUACAUGUUCGACUGGAGGAGGCCGGGGACCAGAAUGGGUCAGAAGGCAGAGUUCAGCUUGUGGUUCCUGGGUCCUGUGAGGGUCCACAGGAGGCCUCAGUGGGCACUGCCUCCUGCUUCCAUUGCCCGGCCUGCUGGGAGCAGGAGCUGAGUGUUCACCUGCAGGAUGCCCCCCAGGAGCAACUGAAGGUGCCCCUGAGGGUCCUGCCCUUUGGCCAGGUGGUGAGACUCGUCUUCCCUACGUCCCAGGAGCCUCUGAUGAGGGUGGAGCUGAAAAAAGAAGAAGGACCAAAGGAGCUGGCUGUGCGGCUGGGCUGUGGGCCCUGUGCUGAGGAGCAUGCCUUCCUGAGCAGGAGGAAGCAGGUGGUGGCCAAGGCCCUGAAGCAGGCCCUGCAGCUGGAUGGAGACCUGCAGGAGGAUGAGAUCCCAGUGGUAGCUGUUAUGGCCACUGGAGGUGGGAUCCGAGCCAUGACUUCCCUGUUUGGGCAGCUGGCAGGUCUGAGGGAGCUGGGCCUCUUGGAUUGCAUCUCCUAUAUCACAGGGGCCUCGGGAUCCACCUGGGCUUUGGCCAACCUCUACGAGGACCCAGAGUGGUCUCAAAAGGACCUGGCAGGGCCCACCAAGUUGCUGAAGACCCAGGUGACCAAGAGCAAGCUGGGUGUGUUGGCCCCCAGUCAGCUGCAGCGGUAUCGGCAGGAGCUGGCCGAGCGUGCCCGCCUGGGCUACCCGACCUGCUUCACCAACCUGUGGGCCCUCAUCAACGAGGCACUGCUGCAUGAUGAGCCCCAUGAUCACAAACUCUCAGACCAGCGGGAGGCCCUGAGUCGAGGCCAGAAUCCUCUGCCCAUCUACUGUGCCCUCAACACCAAGGAGAAGAACCUGACUACCUUUGAAUUUGCAGAGUGGUGCGAAUUCUCCCCCUAUGAGGUCGGCUUUCCCAAGUACGGCGCCUUCAUCCCGUCUGAGCUCUUUGGCUCUGAGUUCUUCAUGGGGCGACUGAUGAAGCGGCUUCCUGAGUCUCGAAUCUGCUUCCUGGAAGGCAUCUGGAGCAACCUGUAUGCAGCUAACCUCCAGGACAGCUUAUACUGGGCCUCAGAGCCCCGCCAGUUCUGGGACCGCUGGGCACAGGAUCAGGCCAACCUGGACAAGGAGCAGGUCCCCCUUCUGAAGAUAGAAGAGCCUCCCACUGUGGCUGGCAGGAUCGCUGAGUUUUUCACUGACCUUCUGACGCGGCGCCCACUUUCCCAGGCCACCCACAAUUUCCUAUAUGGCCUCCAUUUCCAUAAAGACUAUUUCCAGCAUCCUCACUUCUCCACCUGGAAAGCCACCAAACUGGACGGGCUCCCCAACCAGCUGACACCUGCAGAGCCCUACCUUUGCCUACUGGAUGUUGGCUACUUUAUCAACACCAGCUGCCUUCCCCUCCUGCGGCCCACAAGGGAUGUGGACCUCAUCCUGUCGCUGGAUUACAACCUCCAUGGAGCCUUUCAGCAGCUGCAGCUUCUGGGCCGAUUCUGCCAGGAGCAGGGGAUCCCAUUCCCACCCAUCUCGCCCAGCCCUGAGGAGCAGCGCCAGCCGCAGGAAUGCCACCUGUUCUUGGACCCCGACUGCCCUGAAGCCCCUGCUGUGCUGCACUUCCCCCUGGUCAACAACUCCUUCCGGGAGCACUCAGCCCCUGGGGUCCGCCGGACAGCUGAGGAGGCGGCGGCUGGGGAGGUGAACUUGUCUUCAUCCAACUCCCCCUAUCACUACUCGAAGGUGACCUAUAGCCAGGAAGAUGUGGACAAGCUGCUCCACCUGACUCAUUAUAACAUCUGCAACAACCGGGAGCGGCUGCUGGAGGCCCUGCGUGAGGCUGUGCGGCGGCGGAGGCAACGCAAGCAGCGCCAGCCCCAGUGAUGGUGGCACCCAGGCCAGAGCUCCCACCCGGCUCACUGCCCAUCUGGCUGCUCUGGUAGAGUUGGGGCAGAGAUGUCAUCAACAGGUGUUCCACAACCUCGGGGGGUGUGGAUGGCCCCGUAGGUGGCCCCCAGCCCUCUGAGGGGCUCCUCCACGCUGUGUACCCAGCACCACCCAGAUGUGGCACUGAAGCCACCAGCAGCAAGCCUGCCACAGACACCUCCUGGUAGGUCGAGCCUUCUAAAUGGUCCAGAGAGUAAGGAGACGAUUCAGAGAUGGAACUGGGGGAGCAGCACUGACCAUGUUUGUGCAGGGGCUCAAAGCCCCGUGACCUUGUCUGUUCUCCCUCCCUUGCUACCUUGAGUAGUUGUACAGCAUAAAAUAGAGCACUUUAUGUAUUAGAGGCUCAUACACACAUGAGGCAUUAUCUGAGAUUCUGUCAUUGCUGCCAAGAAGGGACAUGUUAUUCCAAGCUCUUGGUUACACAGGGCAAGGACUGGUUUAAGAAAUAAAAUGUUUCCCCAGCCACCUCACGGAGCUAUCGAGUCAGCAUGAGCUUCCCUAAAAUGUGGGUCAUCUGCCCCUGGCACCCUUUCUCAGCAGGAGGCCAGUUUGGCCUUGGGGGGGAGGGGGUCUCUGCUGCUGCAGCCCUCGCCCUGCCCAGGUGAGCACACUUGCAGGCAAUGACAGUUAGCACCCCUGACUCACCUGGUCAGGAACCUCAGCGGGCAGCCAGACCUUGGACCAGAUGAGCCAAAGAAAGAGACUAGCUGCAUAGCUUCACCAAGCUGUGACCUUGGGGGUCCCAUCACUUAACGAGGAACUGUCUACUCCUGAAGUCAGUAGGGCCCUGGUAGCUGCCUUGCUCUGGUCCCCUACAGGGUGUCCUCAUGUGUAGCCCUGCGGUUUGGUGGUACUUCAGGGUGUGCUUCAGGGCCCAGACCUGUGGAAAGAACAGGGAGGCAGAGUGAAUUUAGGGCCUCGUGCUCCUGGCUUCCCUGGGAACAACCACCUCUUCCUAACGUCCAUGUGGGAUGUGGAUACUGGGAGCCAGCAGGCAGCUGCAGGAGUGACCAUAGCGUAUGGGGUGGAUGGGAAAUGACUGGUUCUCACUGCAUCUGUCUGCCCUGUCCCAGCGACUCAGUCCAUCACCUGGGCUUGUGGCUAGAGUCACAGAGCAGAAAUGGCUGCCUUAGUAGCCUUAGAAGCCACUGUGUCCAGGACAAGGCCAUUCACUCAGCCACAUGUCACCUGAAUCAUAAAUUGGAAUCUGUGGGCCCUGCAGGAGUGUGAAUGGUUAAUUUACCAGAGACCCCAGUCAUGGCUGCCACCCCUGUUAUAAUGUGAGUGCUCCUCCGGCAUGAGCUGUGUGUGUCUUUGUGACCCUGGGUUUGUCUCAGUGUGUGAAUCUGUGUGGGGGUCUGCAGGUGUGUGUCUGGCUGACAUCCUGAUUCCUGGUCUCUCUAGGACAAUAAGGUACCCCUUUCCCCUUGGAGCAGGGACUGGGUCCUAGGACUGAGGAAAGCAGAGAAGAUGGAGGCAGAGAACUUGGACAGGAGUAAGGUUGCGGAAGGGGUCUGGCUGUCCUGCAUACAGUGCCCCGUCUUGGAGAGGAGAAUAAGGAUUGAGGGUGUGUGGGUCCCAGGUGGACAGAGCCAGGCAAGCUUUUUAGCAUAUACAAAGGUACCUGGGUGCCCCUCACCUCGGAUCUGGCCUGAGCAGGAAAGGUGGGAGCCUGGUGCAGUUUCCUUUGCAGGGCCAGCCGCCUGCGGAAGCUCGAAGGGCCCUGGGGGGCCAUCGUUGCACUUUUGCGGGUCCCUCAGCGAGGAGGGUGGGGGACAGCCAUGGAAUCUGGGGAAAGG